AUGGUGUUCAAGUUUCUUAAGAAGAAAGAGUAUUGGACAGAAGUGGGUGGUGUAGAGGGAUUUAUGGCAGCUAUCAGGCAACUAGGAUCGGACAAUCGUGAGUUAGAGGACAAAAGCAACGACUAUUCAAAAUCAGAUAGCAUUUGGGGUCGAUUGGCAGAAUUAACACAAAUUUCCAAGAAAGAUACGUUUGAUACUCGUAAAUGGCUGUGUACAACAUGGCAUGACAAUCGUCGAAAAAUUCGCACAACAUUCUUGGCAACACAAAUCGAUGAUCACAAAGCAAUUCCGUUUAAUCAUCCAACGAUGAUGCAACAGAUAUAA